GUUGUGUGAUUCAGAAUCAGAUCAUCCAAGAGGAGUGUCCGUCUAGUGACUACGAUACCUCUCGUCCUCAAACAAGGAUUUUGUGUGAAAUUUCUCUCUUUUUUUCUAUGAACUAAAAACAAAACAAACAAAAAAACUAAAGUUUUCUUCAUGGAGAAAAUUUUGAAAUUCUAAAGCUGGAUACACCGACACAAACACGCUCAUAUUCAAUUUGAGACUGACUUGGCUCAUUCUUUGCUCUCGGCACUGGUUUUGGCCAUGCCGGACCUGAAGAAGUACCUCACAGAGGGCCUGAUCCAAGUAGCUAUUCUUCUCAGUCUGGCUGGGAUGCGUGUGGACGUGGAUCCCUACCUGCCCCCUUUUAGCGAAAUCAUUCUGGGCCCAAAUUCAGCUCUAACUCGGACUCAAUUCCACAGUCUUCGAAACAUCCUGGAUGGAUAUAACCUGCACCCAAAAAGUGCAGAUCUGGAUGGGUUCUUCACAGCUCGCAGGCUUCUAAAUUGGGUUCGCUCCCUAGACCGCCUGCAGGUGCCAGCGGCGGAGUUGGAAGCCUGGUUGGUCCACAGGGAGCCUGACAAUGGAGUCUCCAUUCCAGCUCAAGUGGGUCUCCUUGUGGAAGGUGGAGGACUUGAAGAUGUGGAGGAACCCUCAGAGCUUAGCAUGAGGUUGGGAAGUGGAGGAGAACUGGGUUAUGACAUAGCUGAGGAUCAAACCCUUGGAGCUUUGGGGCACAUGCCAAGAAGCCUCGACCAUCCAGACAAUGAUGAACCCAUUAAAGAGAGUGCAGAAAUGUGCUUGAACAGGUAA